AUGCUACCACACUGUCCGAUUGCUCGCGCCUGCCUCAAGAUGUGUGAGGCAGUCGUGACACCCUGUACAUAUCCUCAGGACAAGGAGAAGGCGAUGACCGCCGAAGAUGAUUCCAAGACAAGGAGCAGCAGUCUGUCGCGCUGCGAAAACGCCUCCGAUCUCGAUGAAGAGGAAGUCGAGGAAGCUGUCGAAGUCGAGUCGCUCUACAAGGUUACGAUACUGCUACACAACAAACCGGUCGAGAUACCGAUAUACCAGGAAGACGCCACAAUCCAGGACCUGUCAGACAGCAUCGCAGAAGACCUCCAGAUUCCGCCGGCCAACCAGAAGUUUCUCAUAACACCCAAGGUCGGGUUACUAAAGCCACCAUUCAAGCAUCCCACGCUUUCUGUGCAGUCCAUUCGGGAGAGGAAGAUCGUGCUUAUGGGUGCCACCACAGCUGAGGUGCAGGAGCUUGAGAGCGAUAUUGCGGACCGGAAAGCGAGAAUGGGGAAGAGAAGGGCGGCACUACAGGCUGGGCGUAAGGUGAAGGCCAACAAGAGUCGAGAUUGGAUGAAGGUGCAAGACGAGGCGCGUUAUACCUUUCACACGAUACGCCCAUUGCCUUACCUGCCCAACCCGGAGAAGAGCCAAAGAUUCCUGGAGCGGCUGGCAGACGAUGCGGGCAUCAAGACCUCUAUGCGAAAGCACGGCUUCUCUGUUGGUCUACUCACCGAGAUGAAUCCUGCUGAGCACACUACCCACGAAUCGAGGACGCUCGGCCUGAACAGGAACAGGGGCGAAGUCAUCGAGCUGAGGUUACGCACGGAUGCGUAUGAUGGCUACAGAGAUUACAAGGUCAUUCGGAAGACACUCUGCCAUGAGCUGACCCACAACGUCUGGGGCGACCACGACCAACGUUUCUGGAAGCUUUGCAAGGAGAUCGAGGCAGAAGUCGAGAAGAGCGAUUGGAGAAGAGGCGGGCAUUCCGUUGGCAAUCAAGAAUUCUACAAUCCCAACGACGAAGGUGUAGACGAUGAAGAGGCGGAUGAUGGAGGGUGGGAAGGCGGCGAGUAUGUGCUGGGCGCUAGCACAGAUGGCAGCUCCCGUGCUACAUCAUCUUGCGAGCCGCUGAGUAGGCGUGAAAUCAUGGCGAAAGCUGCGGAGGAGAGGAUGAAGAAGCAAAAGGAGGCGAAAGAUGCUGCCCCUGAGCAUUGA